AUGGUGAGCUCGAUGAAGAGUUCUCAUGAUUUGGUGGCAAUUGAGGGGGCCGAUCCCUUGGAUGACCGCUACACAAGGAAGCGGGAUCGAGUCACAGAAUACUUGGAGAUCCUCAACCAACAGUCGCACAUUGUCAGGAAAAAGUGA